AUGUGUAAGGAUGUCAACUGUCAGAUUGAGGAGCACAAGAGCAAUCUAUGCGUCAUGUAUGAUGAUGUUGUGGCUGCUCUGUUGAGGGUGGUAAACCCCUUCAAAAAACACACAGGGAGCCCCUUUCCUGAAUAUGUGUUUACAGACCCGAUGAUACUGUGUGAGAAUAAGACUGAACGGUACACCAUGCUAAAGAAAACAGAUCUCUUCUGUUGGUUUAUUCCAGCAGCUGACCGUGAGGAGCAUCAGAAUGUGGCGGUUCGAGCCGCGGCCCGUCCGCAGGCGGCAGAGGAGCGUCCGGCAGGAAUGCCUCGCCGCCGCAGAAACCUGCACAGCAGAGUGAACGUCCAGCGCGCGCAGCGGCCGUCAGACAACGAGGACAGUCCUGCGGAAGCGGAUGAGGAUCAGGAAGACAGGCAGCCGUCCGAAGAACGUCCUCAAGCCGCUGCUAAAGUCGGAGCGAAGAAACAGAAGAAGCUGGAGGAGAAACAAGCGCGGAAAGCUCAGAGAGAGGCCGAGCUGGAAGAGCGAGAGGAGAGGAGGAAGAUGCAGGAGCUCAGAGAUCAAGAGAGACAGAAAGAAGAGGAGAAGGAGAGACUGCAAGAGCAAAAACGGGAGGAGGAGCUGCGGCGCUCCAAGGAGGAGCAGGAGCGGAAGGAGGAGCAGGAGUACAGGAGGAGCAGGAGCGGAAGGUGUUUUGUGAUCGAGGAUCAGGGAGAAGCAGAGGAGCUCAGUGAACAAGAGCUGCGUCUGCUUUACUUCCUCUGCAUCACUAGUCAUCUCAUGUUGAUGUGUUUUUCAGUCUCGCAGCCUGCUGCAGGAGUUCAUCCAAAAUCUAAAGUGGUUUUGCUGGAGGAUUUGGCGUCCCACUUCAGCCUGCGCACACAGGAUGCUAUUGGCAGACUGCAGGACCUGAUAGCAGACGGCUCCCUGACAGGAGUGAUCGACGUCCGAGGGAAGUUUAUUUUCAUCACGCCGGAGGAGCUGAACGCUGUGGCUCACUUCAUCAAACAGAGAGGAAAGGUCUCCAUCUCAGAACUCGUCCAAGCCAGCAACACCCUCAUAAACCUGACGCCUGAGCUCCCGAGCAGCGCUUAA